UCUCACAUCAGAUCAGCUCACCAACUCACAUUGUUAUUCCACUAUAUUGCUAUUCGUGCCACCAGCUGGUUAAAUUCAAAGUUUCAAAAGUGAAUAAACUACAACAAACCAACUUACAAUUCGAUUUGAUCCUAUCCCUCAACAAGAUGUUCAGUCUGAGCGGUUCCGAGCUGACCGUCUUCGAUCGACGCUACAGGGAGCCGGUGCUGCUCAAUGUGUACGAUCUGUGCCACCUAAACGAUUAUACCAUUACCGUGGGCCUGGGCGUCUUUCACUCGGGCAUCGAGCUGUAUGGAACUGAGUAUGGCUAUGGCGGACACAACAUACCCGGCAUGUCUGGCAUCUUUGAGAUGGAGCCUUGCAACAGCAAGCACGAGCUGGGAGAGCAGUUCCGUUUCCGUGAGAAAAUCCUGCUGGGCUACACGGGUCUCAGCAGGGAGGCAGUGCGGCACAUCGCUGAGAGGCUGGGCAGGCGGCAGUUCUCUGGACGCGCUUACCACAUCGUAUCACAUAAUUGUAAUCACUUCUCCAUCAAGAUGGCCGACAUACUCUGCGGACGCCCCAUACCCGGUUGGGUUAAUCGGCUGGCCAAUCUGGUGGCCCGUGUCCCGUUCCUCGUCAGCUACCUGACUCCGCCGCACCAGCGUCGCCGUGAGCGUGAACGUGAACGUGAACGUGAGCGUGAACUUCAACGUCAACGUCAACGUUGCAGCUGCAAACACUGCCACUGAAUAACCCACAGGAGGUGUUGUUUCCCCAAAUCGUUUGUUGUUACCUAAUCGCUUUCCUACUUUGCCGAUCCCCGUUAUGAUACUGAUAUUGAUACUGAUCUGGUCCCACGAAUAGUAGUUCUUCCUUCGCCCUGUUUUAUCUGCAUUAAAAAGAAGCUCUUGGUAAAUUCUGAACGGGAUAAGCCAGAGUAGAGUCUAUAUUUA